GGUUGCCCGCGGGCCCGCCUCCGCGCCUAGUUGCUACUGGGUACAGCGUCUAAUGCAUGUCUUCACACGUCGCGGGCAGGCCCGCGACCCGCGCACUUCUCCGGAGGAAACUCAUUCAAUAGUCUGCUGGAUUUCAACGUGAUUGGUUGUGCGUGACUGUCCCCUUGCAUUUAAUAUGGAGGCUAAUAUUGAUACAGAGCAGUUGAUAUCCCUUGUGCAAGAGAGACCAGCUCUGUGGGACAAGUCACGUGAAGACUACAAAUCCCGAACACGCACCACAGAAUGUUGGAGAGAGGUGUGUGUCAAGCUCAACCCAGCCUUCGAGAGUUUAUCAGAGGCAGAUAAAAACAAGUAUGGUAAGCUGAUAAUAAAUAAGUGGAAAAAUGUCAAGGAUCAGUACAUCAAAUCGGUCAAGAAGAGGAAAGGGAAGAGUGGCUCAGCAGCAAAGACUGUGAAGAACUAUAUCUUCCAUGAACAGCUUUCUUUCUUAAAGGUAAAUAUGGACAUGAGGGAAACAGAGUCAAGCUUUGAAGUUGAUUCUGAAAAAUCUCCCGGAGGACUUGAUGAAGAAAGAGAAGACAGCGAUGUUCUGGAGAAAGCCAGCGAGGUUGGUGAAGCUAGUGCAACAAAAAUGUCUGUUAGGAAUGCUCCAAAGAAAAAGAAAGUUGACAUUGAGAGAGAAAUCCUGGAACAUUUAGCAGCAGAAGAAAACCGUCAUAUUUCCUUUUUUAAAGGACUUCUUCCCUCUCUCGAAGGAUUUACCGAUGAUGAGAUUUUGCAGUUCCAGUCUGGUGUUAUUGGUCUGAUCCAGAACCUUAAAAAGACCCGUUCACUUCAAGUUCAUGAUUUACCACAGAAUCAAACCUACAUUCUGCCACAGCGGGCCCCCUACACUUCACACCCUCCACCCUAUUGGAACAAUCCGUCAUCAAGUGGACUACAAAGAACUGAACACAGCUCACCAUAUAUGCAUGGGUCACAUGUUCAACCGCCGCCUACAUGUAGUACUUCAGUUUCACCAGUAUCUUCUGAGGUGUCAGAGCUUGGUUCCCCAUGUGAUGCAAACUUUGCAUAUAAAUACACUACUUUGCCUUGAACUACUUUGUACCUUAUGAGUUACGUGACAUUUAAUAAUGUAUUCACUUAAGUGAGUAAUUGUGCCAAGUUCUUCAUUACUUUCUUGAAAUCGUUUGUAUUACAUUUUUUAAGGAGACAUUACUUAUCUAACUGUCACUGUGUUGUGAUUAUAAUGCAGAACAUUUACUAAAUAUUAAAUGAAAAGGAUGUUAGCGAUGUUUGUGUCCAUCCUCUUGCUGCAGAUGAUGAUAAUAAUAAUGAAGGUGAUGGUGAAGGUAGAAGCAUUGGUUGUGGUACUGUGAAAAAAGUGAAGUCAUGAUUAUACUGAUCAUGAAUUACUGUAUGUAUCUUCAAUCAUUUUGAAAAUGGAAUUUAUUAAUUGACAUAAAUGAUAAUAUAUUAUAAACGUAAGCCUUACCUUAAGGCAACAGAGAGACGUUCAACAGGCUUGAUUGAGUCCCUCAUUUUAGAGUCCUGCCGAAGGAGGUGGUCAUGCAGCUUGUGAAGCAGUUCGUCAAAGGUUGUGAUGGACAUCCUGAAGUAGUUGAAAAACUUCAUAUUAUCCUGUCUCAGUUCAUGGAAAAGUGUGUUGAAUGCUCCAGUCUUGCUCCUUUCAGCAAUCAAGGGAUGAAUCCAUAAUCUCCUUCUAUGUCUCUUCUUCUUUCGCAAAUGCAAUAGGUAGAGGAGACGAAGGCGAUCACGGUCCAUGAUUAGUGCGUGCAGAACACAAACUGGUGAGCCAGAUGACGAGGCCCGUGGGUGGCAGGUGGUUUUCACCCGCGCCGUCUGAAAAGGUACGCGGAAGCGGGUGUGUCCGCGCUUAAACGCGGACGCGGGCAGUGCCCGCGCCGUCUGAAAGAAGCCUCAAACGCUGGCAGCUGCCCGCACAUGCAUGGCGCCUCAUCUUGCCUCAUCUCCACGGAAGGGGUAAAAUGGUGACGGGUGAAGAAAAGUGUAUGUAUUUUCCCCAUACAUGAGUGUAGGAGCAGGUGGGGAAAAAUAGUGGUGGGCGGGAAACAAUGAAUUUUCCCCGUAUGUGAGUGCAGGUGGGAUAAAAUGGCGGCUAGCCAGUACCAAAUUGUAUUUUCCCCAUACGUACUGAGUGAAGAAGUGGGUGUUGACGGUGGCCGAGUGGAUAAGGUGGUGAGCGUGGGGUUGGACAGAACAACAUCAAAGGGCAGAUAAUGCCUACCAAUGCACUCGGGGUAGAACGAACGAAAAAAAUAAAAGUGUGGGUGGGGCAAAGUGGCAAGGGCCAGAACCAAAUUGUAUUUUCUCCAUAGGUUUAGUUAUUCCUGUGACGCGGUUUCCUAUGGCGCGGCCAUUGCUCAGAACCAAUUAACCGCGCCAUACGCGACUCCACUGUAUUGCCAAGAAACAUCAGAAUCUAACUCUUUUAACAAUAGCUAUAAAGUAGUUUCAUUAUUGGAGCCCAGAAGACAGUUUGAGGGGAGGAGGUUGGGAAAUAUAAUCGGCUGAGUGCGACAAUCUGGCAACGUUGAGGCUGUAGCUCUGAGGCCCGAGGCAGCGCACACGCCUUUUUGAGGGUUUCAGAUACCAUAAAUAGCAUAUUUUUACUGUGCAAAGCAGGUGAUGUCACUUAUUGUGACUUCAUGACCUUUCAUAUUUAUCUAUUUGUGUAUAUUUCAUGGUGACAAAACUUAAAUUACUAGUUUCAUUUUUACCAGUGACACGAAUUUGUGACUGUUUUUCACAAUGGAAUUUCACUCAAACAAGUGAAUCAGGCACCACAGAAAUAUUACCAGUGUGUGUAUGAACGAAUACAAAGAUGAGCACAUACCUAGAUUUAACUCUAGUAUGUCUCGUGGAUCAUUAAUAAAUAGAAACAAAAUAUCCGGACAGGCCACUCCUUAGCCUGUUACCUUCAAUGGCCCCCCAAAACAGUCCCUCCGCCAAGUUUGUACCCCACAUUUUGGUGAUGUUAGUUGCGCCUAUUAACCCUUUAAGUGCUAUGGCCGGGCAUGGACUGAACCCCGUACUGCUUGAGCCGGGGAGAAGUGAAGACAAAAUUCACACGUUAGCAUCUCAGAAGUAGUGGUGUGAUUUAGGAGGGAGGGAGGAAGUAAUGAAUGAAGAGGGGGAAACGCAGGUGUGUUCCCCUUGGGGGAGGAUUAGCAGAGAUAAUUGUCUGCCUCUUUCUCUAUUCCUUCCUUUCUUACUCUCUUCCUGUCUUCCUCUUUCUUUCUUUCUUUCUUUCCUUUCUUACUUGCUUUCUCUUUCUCCUUUCAUUCUUCCUCUCUCCUUCAUUCUUGUUUCUUUCUUUCUCCUUCUCUUUUCUUCCUUUCUUUUUUCUUUCUCUUUACUUUCUUUGUUUCUCCUUUUUCUCUUUCUUUCAUUUUUCUUCUUUCUUUCACCCUUCCAUUCUUCUUCUUUUAUCUUUCAACCUUUUCUCUUUCAUUUUUACUUUUUCUUCCUUUCUUUCUUUCCCUUUUUUUCUUCCUUAUUUCUCCUUUAUUUAUUUAUUUAUUUCAUUUUUUUCUUUCUUCAUCUUUCUUUUGUCUUUCUCUCUUUAUUUUGCUUUCUUUCUUUCUUUCUCCCAUUCUUCUUCUCUCUUUCUUUUUCUCUUUCUCCUUCCUUCUCUCUUUGUUUCUUUCUCUCUUUAUUUCUUGAUUUCAUUCUUGAUUUCUCUUUUUCUCUCUCCCCUUUCUUUCUCUUUCAUUCUUCUUCUCUCUUUCUUUUUAUUUCCUUAUUUCUUUCUUGCUUCCUCUCUUUCACUUUUUUUUUUCUUUCUUCCUUUCAGGAUAUUUUGAGGAAGGAGGGAGGAGAGGAGGAUGGGGAAGGAGGAGGAGGGGAGAUCAUUAUGGAAAGGUUAUCUCUCUCUCUCUCUCUCUCUCUCUCUCUCUCUCUCUCUCUCUCUCUCUCUCUCUCUCUGUGGUGGUGGUGGUCGUGGUCAGUGUGUACCCUUGGGUCUCUCCCCCCCCCCUCGUGUCCCCUUGGGUCCCUCCCCCGGGUUGUGGAUGGGUAGGUAGGGAGAGGGUGUUAAUCUGAUAAUAGGUGGUUGAGCGUGACUGCACUCCAUGGUGACCAACAAGGUGCCAACUAGCUGCCCAAAUAUAAAAAUAUCCCUGGACACUCAUAGCAGAGAACCUUUGAACAGUCCACAGACGCUCAUAGCACUGAAAGGGUUAACAGAAGUGUAUGGCGAGUCUUGCAUGGAUGUCAAAAACUUCCGCAAGUGAUGUAGGGCGUUUGCAGCUGGUCGUACUGAAAUUCACGACGAAGAAAGAAGCGGGCCACUGUUGCGAAGGUUGAGCAAAUCCUGUGUGAAAAUCAGCGGAUCACUGGAUGAUCUCCGGAUUUUCGUUCCUUUGGUUUCCCGAAGCACCAUUCAUAGGGUUUUGACGGAAAAGUUGCAAUAUUGGAAGGUGUGCGCAAGAUGGGUCCCGCGAAUGCUCACAGAAGACCACCAACGGCAACGAGUUGACUCUUCCCGUGAAUUUCUUCGCCGUUAUGCAGAUGAAAAUGGCAGCUUUUUGGGUUCGAUUGUCACGGGUGACGAAACCUGGGCAUUCCACUUCACAUCUGAAACUAAACAACAGUCACGUGAGUGGCGGCAUUCCUCUUCCCCUAAGCCACGAAAAUUAAAACAAACAUAGUCUGCCGGUAAAGUCAUGGCAACUGUAUUUUGGGAUCGUAAGGGGGUAUUGUUGGUCGACUUCAUGGCUUUGGGGACCACAGUAAAUGCUGACAAAUACUGUGAGACACUGAAAAAGCACAGACGGGCGAUUCAGAACCAGAGAAGAGGAAUGUUGAGCAUAGGCGUAAGCAUUCUCCACGACAACGCUCACCCCCACGUCGCCUGUCGGCUGUCGCUCUCCUGCAACAGUUUGGAUGGGACGUCAUCACCCACCCACCUUUUAGUCCGGACUUGGCACCCAGUGACUACCACCUGUUCCCUAAGUUGAAAGAACAUUUGGCUGGAACACGCUUCAGCAACGACGAUGAGGUGAAAGAUGAGGUUCAACGCUUCCUCAAUGACAUGGCGGUGAGCUGGUAUGACAUGGGCAUACAAAAACUGCCACAACACCUAUAAAAAUGCAUCGACCGAAAUGGCGACUAUGUAGAAAAAUAGAUAAAUGUUCAAACUUUAAAAUGAUGUACAUAAACAUUAUUGACAAUAAACAUUUCUGUGAUUUCUGAAUAUUUUGGAGACCUCAUUUUGGGAUUACCCUCAUAUA